CUGUUUUUAUAGACAAACAAAUACAAAUACACUGGUACAAAAAGUUUUCCGUGAUUUUGAUUAAGAUAUGCGGCUCAAAAGUGCUUGAGACUCUAUCAGAGGACAUGCCUCAGAAAAUAAAAGGUCUUUUCAAUCAUCAUCGCCGCAAACUAUUGGAACAUAAUCUGCUUUUGCAAUUCAAACAAGAGUUGUCGAUUUUGAAAUCUAAAUAUUGGGACUUUUCUUUUUUUCAGUUCCCAGAAUUAUCUUGGGAAGCAAAGAAGUAGGCAUCUUGAGAAACAGAGAUUCAUAGAAGGCAAUAGACAAGAGGGGAUCUUUCUCUCUCAGACAAAUGCCUCGAUUUGUCGUCAAGGUGGAUGGAGUAGACGAAGAGAUCAGACUCAUCAUCAUCUUUUCUCAUCACAGAGAAAAGCCCCAUCAAUGGAAUCUCAUUCAGCUGAAUUUACAUGUUAAAUAAUCGCAGCCGAGGCAGCAGCGAAUGACUUCAAGGUGACGGCUUUACUAUCUUCUGCAUCAGUUACCUAUAUAGCUGGUUUGAUUAGGGCUCCUCUGUUAAGAACUGAGUAUUGAAAGUACAAAAUAGACCAGAAGUCAGCAAGUGAAAUGUCUAAAUUAACCUUAAGAUCACCAAACCAAAUUGUCAACGGCCCAGAUGCAUCUGCACAUUCAUUACAUCUUCGGUUUCUUCGCUUCCAGAGCGGAACUAUUAGCAUUUCAGAAAAAAGCCCAAAUUGUUCACUAAUGCUUAGUUACCGAGAUUCAUAAGCUAUGAUUCUUGCACCAAAUCCUUGUUUCAGAACAAUCCCAACAACAUGCACAGCCGUAAAGCAUCGAAAGGAACCUCACCGAUUCAACCCAGUAACUCAAACAAAAACAAAAGCUUGCGAGUGUUAUGAUUUGCACAAGGAGCUAUUUCCAUAUGCAAAGGCAUGGUCUUGGCAAAAACAAAUUGUUAAAGAGAAGAAAGCAUUGCUUCAAAGAAACGAGGAUUGCCCAGAUACAUUAAUCAUUCUUCAGCAUAACCCUGUUUAUACAAUGGGCACCGGUAGCUCGGAAAAGUAUCUGAAUUUUGACAUAGAGGAAGCUCCUUUUGACGUUUAUCGAACUGAACGCGGCGGGGAAGUUACAUACCAUGGCCCUGGACAGCUAGUUAUGUAUCCCAUUAUUAAUCUUCGGAAUCACAAGAUGGAUCUUCAUUGGUAUCUUAGGGCACUUGAGGAGGUGGUGAUUCGUGUUCUUUCAUCAACAUUUUCUAUUAAGGCUUCAAGGAUUGAGGGUUUAACGGGUGUUUGGGUUGUUGCUGAACAGUUGAGCACAUCUGUUCUAAGUUUGUCAGUUAUGCUUUCACAGUGUUCACCCCUCAAUGCCUUUCAACUGAAAUUUUACAGUCGGACAUCACAGGCAAAGGGAAGAUACAUAUGGUUGUCAUUUUUUACUUGUUAUUGCAUUGUGUAUCUUUUGCUCGAAACUGUAAAUGCAGGGAGCAAGUAGGUUUAUUAGACUGACUCUACUUAUAUUAGGCCGUCAAAUUAAGACAGCAAGCAAUCAUUAUGGUUUGUAAUUCUCUUAUCAAUAGUAACUUCAUAUCCAAAUGAGGGUCUUGACCUCAUGGGAAGGGUGAGAGUCUCAAACCAUGCACUUUCAUGUUGUUAGCUGCUUGGCAAUAUGAAGAUUUCACCAUUGUCCAAGACAACAGCCCUUGUAUCAAAAGUACCAACAUCAUUUGUUCUGAUCUAAUUUUUCUUAAGAGAAAUAACCUGACCUGCUGAUCAUUUGGCUAUUAAUUUUUGCUACAGGGAAUCAGAAAUUAGCUGCAAUUGGAGUAAGAGUAUCUCAGUGGAUAACAUACCAUGGGUUAGCACUUAAUGUCACCACAGACCUGACUCCCUUCAGCUGGAUAGUCCCAUGUGGAUUACAGGAUCGUCAGGUUGGAAGUAUU